GGUUUCUGUCGCUGUGGCUUGUCCUGUGUCAGGAGCUAACCCUGCACGACUCGGGUCUGACCGCUUCAUCGUUCUGCUCCUGUGCCAGCCUACCUCGCUUCUCGGCGCCAUGACCACCACUACCACUUUCAAGGGUGUCGACCCCAACAGCAGGAAUAGCUCCCGGGUUUUGCGGCCUCCAGGUGGUGGAUCCAAUUUUUCAUUAGGCUUUGAUGAACCCACAGAACAGCCUGUGAGGAAGAACAAAAUGGCCUCCAGCAUCUUCGGGACACCUGAAGAAAAUCCCCCUUCUUGGGCCAAGUCAGCAGGUGCCAAGUCUAGUGGGGGCAGGGAAGAUGUGGAGUCGUCUGGACCCCAGAGAAGGAACUCCUCAGAAGGAAGUGCUGGAGACUUCUUUGAUCUGAAGGGAGAAGGUGACAUGCAUGAAAAUGUGGACACAGACUUGCAAGGCAGCCUGGGGCCGAGCGAAGAGAAGCCCGUGCCCGCCGCGCCCGUGCCCAGCCCCGUGGCCCCGGCGCCCGUGCCCUCCCGGAGAAAUCCCCCCGGUGGCAAGUCCAGCCUGGUCUUGGGUUAACUCCCCGUCCUGAACUCUGUCGUUUUGUUUGUUUGUUUUCUCCAUGCUUGUGAACUGCACAACUUGAGCCUGACUGUACAUCUUUUGGAUUUGUUUCAUUAAAAAAGAAGCACUUUAUGUA